UACAGUUUCGAUGUGAGGGGUAGAGCUUUCAACAAAGCUCUUCAUUGGUCAGAUCCGAAUAUGUUUGGACCAAGGGCCUACUUCGUGACUGUCUCCAAGCCGGCAGCUUUAACUUUGGAUGGAGUGCAACUAGACGAUGAAGGUGUUUACAGAUGCAGAGUCGAUUUUAGAACAACUCCUUCAAGGAAUUUUGCCAUCAACUUAACUGUGAUAGUGCCACCCCACCAACUUCUUCUGUACGAUAACUCAGGACGGGACAUAAGUGGGAUUGUGGGACCGUUGGAGGAAGGCUCCGACCUGGUGUUGACUUGCGAAGUACGAGGAGGACGUCCGACUCCCACGGUGUCUUGGUUCGUGAACGAGCGCAUGGCGGAGGGCCAGCUGGAGUCCAUCGGGAAUCACGUGAUGGUAAACAGAUUGGAAGUUACCGGCGUCACCAGGGACCAUCUAAACUCGACGUACAAGUGCCAGGCGAGCAACACCAAGCUGAUGAUGCCGGCGGAAAAGACCGUCCGACUGGAACUGCUACUUCGUCCUUUGAGUGUGUCGAUAGUGGGAAAACCGAAACAACUGAUUGCCAACGAGGAUGUGACUGUUCAUUGUGAGGUGACGGGGUCGAGGCCCAGAGCCGUUGUUUCCUGGAUGAGAGACAAUCGCGCCUUUAGAAGGGGAAAGAUGAUUGAAGAUGGAAAUGACACACUGGUAAUAAGUUCAGUGACAUUCGCUCCAGUACCAGAGGAUGAUGGCACAUUUCUAAAAUGUAUAGGAGAUAAUCCAAAACUUCCAGGUGUAGGACAGGAGGACUCAUUUAAAUUAAACGUCGUUUAUCCUCCACAAGUUAAGCUGCAUCUUGGUAGCACACUCAACCCGGAGUUCAUCAAAGAAGGCGACGACGUUUACUUCGAGUGCAUCAUCAAGGCCAACCCUAAACAACACAAGAUCACUUGGUUUCAUGAUGGACAUCCGGUGAGCCAGAACAUGUCUUCCGGAGUGAUCAUCAGCACCCAGAGCCUGGUGCUGCAAAGCGUCACCAGGAGGCAGAGCGGUGCUUACACCUGUAUGGCGGCCAACAACAGAGGAGAGACUGCAAGUACCCCUGUCCACCUUAGAGUCCGAUUUGCUCCUGUGUGUUCGAGCGCGGAAAUUACAGUAAUUGGGGCAUCUUUGGACGAAGUGCUAAGGGUGCGAUGCCAGGUGUCGGCAGAUCCAAGCGACGUAACUUUCGUGUGGCAAUUCAAUAAUAGCGGGGAAAGUUUCGAUGUGUCACCGGCGAGAUUCGCCACCUCCAGUGGAAACGUAAGCGAAUUGAUGUACACGCCGGCAUCGCAAAGGGAUUACGGAACGUUGACGUGUUGGGGAACUAACACCAUCGACAGGCAGAAGGACCCAUGCGUGUUUCAGGUUGUCCCAGCUUCAAAACCAAGCCCCUUGAGCAACUGUACCCUCCAUACAGUUAUUAAUCAAACGGCGGACGUAGUGGAAGUCGAAUGCAGAGCCGGCUAUGAUGGAGGUCUUCCUCAAAGAUUUGUUUUGGAAGCAUUUGACGCCAAGUUGUUGAAACUGCGCAUCAACCUGACCGUCGAUGACACCGAUGCCCCGGUCUUCAGACUGGACCUUGGGGAACUCCUUCCCUCGCCGCCAUCGCUGAGGAUCUUCGUGUACGCGCAGAACGCCAAAGGCAAAAGCGAAAAGCUGGUUCUGGAGGACGUGAUGCUGAACGACGCCGAAAAGAGAACCGACGGGAGCUCGAACAUGAGCAUAGUUCCUUUGGCGGGACUAUUAACGGGAUCGCUGCUGACGCUAGGCUUGGCGGUGUUGGUGAUCGUCGUGAUAGCCGUCAGGAAGCGACGGGGACAGUGCGAUAAUCGGCAACAUUGCACUCACCAUAUGAGUCUCGAUCAAGCCACCAAGCACCAACCCAAGUCCAGGCACGGAUCCAUGCUUGAAAUUAAUACUGGAGACAAUAGGUAUGUGGUUGCCUACACACUGAAGCCAGCUGCGGACUGUCAAGCGCCGAAUCUUCCUACGCCGCCUUCCCUUAGUUCGCCGCCGGAUCCAAGACGGCAACCUGACAUCCUUAAUGCCCCCAGAGGGGCCGACAUUACUCCAACAGGGCUGUCCAGACCCGAAACGCUAUUCACGCCACCUGGUGGUGGCGGAAGCGAUCACCUUCUAAGCAGACAUCAGCUCAACUGUAGUCCACCAGUCUUCUCAAACACGCAGUCUCCCAUAGGAAUGAACAAUGAAAUCUGCAAUACCUUGGGUAGAACUAGGCCGAGGCCUAGGGACAAUUCCUACUCGAACUUUGCAACCAUGCGCAGAGAUCACCACAUUAUAUCGGAUUCGAUUCCAGGACCUGAGAGCUGCGUUUAA